AUGGAGUUCAUGACAUCGCUCCAAGGCGGCCUAGACGAUCAAAAACCCUCACUCUUCGAACUCCUCUCCGAGCAACAACUCGCAUCUCUCAUCCCGCCCUCCCUUCGAUACCUACUCGCAGUCGCAACGCACAGAAGACCCCGCUACCUCCUCCGCGUCCUCAAUUCCUUCGACGAACUCUACGCUCUCCUCUCCCUCGCGGUCGAGCGCUACUACCUCCGCUCCUAUGGCGGCGGCUUCACCGAAAACUUCUAUGGCCUCAAGCGGGAGCGCGUGCUACGCAUUACAGGCGGGGAAGCGAAGAGGGCGCGGCUGGGCGCGCCGCAUGAGAUGAGAGAGACGUUGAAGCUGCGUCGCGGCGAUGUGUGGAGGAAUCUCGCCGUCAUGGUCCUCUUGCCGUACGUGAAGAGGAAGCUGGACGAGUCGUAUGAUGUUCAUGCCGCUUCGGUCAAUAUGUUGGGCCCGACAUACAGAGAUCGAGAGCAGUACCCUGUCGAUGGCACUGUGCGGCAACGCAUCAUGUGGCUGUACAAAUGGUUCUUGCGGACGGUGUAUCCCAGCGUGAACGCGGCGUACUACUUCUCGCUUCUCGCAUUCAACCUGGCAUACCUCUUUGACGGUUCCAAAUACCACUCUCCAUGGCUCUGGUUGAUCGGCACACGCAUGCGACGGAUGAACGAAGCAGACAGCCGAGCCAGAGCGCUCGCCGCACAGCCCAAACCCGCCGCCUCCACACCUGGCGCUCGCCCGGGCCAGACCAACUCCAUCUUCAGCCCGCGCGUCAUGACCCAGACGAUCUACCCCAGGCUGCUCUCGAGUCUGAGUAUCCUCCUACCCACUUCCAUCUUCGCGCUCAAAUUCCUCGAGUGGUGGCACGCCUCGGACUUUGCGCGGCAACUAUCGCGCAAAGCAAACGAAGGCCUCGAACUCCCGCCCCCCAUCAUCUCCGGCCUGCCAUCGCCUCCCAAAGCAAAGCGAAACAGUCAAGCAGCAGACGACAACGAGAGCAACGAAAAGCCCGCCUCUCGUCGCGACUCCGGCAUCGAGCAACCGCCCAUCUCAUCCAAAACUCAUCUCCCCAUCCUCACCGUGCCUGCCCCAACGUCCGCCUCUUCUGCCGAUUCCUCCAAUACAGCAGCCGUCUGUCCAAUCUGUCUAGGAGAAAUGGUGAACCCCACCGCAGCCCAGACGGGCUUCGUAUAUUGCUACACCUGCAUCUACAAGUGGGUGGAUGGCUCGCAUCCGCGACAGGAGGCUUUCAUGGAAGGGUCGGCGGUGGGCGAGAAGGAGGAGGAUCAAGGGUCGACGGAGGAGAGUGGUGGCGGUGAGAGUCGGGUGGGGAAGUGGGAGAGUGGGGUUGGGAGGGAUGCGGUCACGGGGAGGAGGGUUCUGGGUGGCACUAGUGGGUUGAGGAGGGUGAUGGUGUAG